CUGAAUCCCUCCUCCGUGAGUCCGUGUGCUCGCAAUCCCACCUCCAUCAAUCCCUACGAGCUUGUCAAUCUCGCGUCGCUCAUUCCCCAACUGCCAUCACAGCCAGGGUUCUCAAUGUCUAGGAGAUUUUUGGUUGAGUUUACCCUCACGAUACCCAAGGCAGAAUGCGAUGGGGUUGAGCCAAGCAGAUGGCUCCUUGAUUCUGCUGACAUGAGUGUACCAAAGGUCCACGGGCUUUUCAAAGGACACAACACCCCUUCAGCUACCUUUCGGAAUUAUCGAGCUAAACAACUGACCUCUCUUGAAAGGCAUCGGUUAAGCAAACUGAGAGAGGAUGUCAGUCAAGUUUGGAAACACUUGUAUGUUGGUGAUGAGGAGACAACAACCUUGACCAAGAGCCAAAAGCAGAGAAGAAAAAACCAAUGGUUUAACAUGAUGAAGCAUCAACUUGUCAACAACGAAAGGUUCUUCCCAUGGAAGCCGGACAGAUAUCUGCACUUGGGUGCACAAAUCUACCGACUUUUCAAAUGCGAGGACAUGUUGAAAGUGCUUGGUAGGUUUUUAAAUUAGUAUUGAAGUUACGAUGUUGAAAUCAUUAGUGUUUCUCUCUUACAGCUUUGAAAUUUGUCUUGUGCAGCUGUGAAAGCUGGUUCGGAGACUGAUCGAGUCGAGAAGAAAGAUGGGAGCAUAGUUAGAGUUGGGAUUCCUUCUUUGCGGAUGAGAUUGAUACUUGUAGAGUAUUUUGAAGAAACCACCGGCAUUACUGGGAUCAAGCCCAUCAUCAAGUGUUGCAAGAGUGUGCAGGGAAAGGUGUGGCUUCUUUGUGAAGUGAUUUUAAGAUUAGAAAUUACUCAACACUUGCCUGCAACUCCGGAGUUAGGAAAGCAUAUCUUCAUCCAAAGUGGUGGGAACUCAAAACCAUUGAGAGGGAUAGGCUAUGUAGCUAGUGAGGAGCAUGUCUUUUUUGAGCCGGUGUUGAUUGAGGAGGAUGAAGAAGAUGUGAGCCCCAAAGAGAAGGGCAGUGAUACAGAUGAGGAGGAGAUGCUAGAGUUCAUUGAGGAGGAUGAAGAAGAUGUGAACCCAAGGAGAAGGGCAGAUGAGGGAUCCCAAUGAACUCUAGCUCCUCCUCAUUUGUAUCAUUGCUCUUCUCCUUGGGGCUCACAUCUUCUUCAUCCUCCUCCUCAAUCAACACUAGCUUAAAAAAACAUGCUCCCCACUAGCUAUAUAGUCUUUCUCUCUACAUGAAUUUGAGUUCCCACUACUUUAGAUGAAUAUAUCCUUUCUCAACUCCGGAUUUGCAGGCAAGUUUCUAGUCUUAAAAUCACUUCACGAAGAAGCCAGACCUUUCCCUGCACACUCUUGCAACACUUGAUGAUAGACUUGAUGCUAGUGAUCCCGGUGGUUUCUUCAAAAAAAACUCUGAAAGUAUCAAUCUCACCCUCAAAUCAGGGAUCCCAAUUCUAACUGUGUUCCCAUGUUUCUUCUCCACUCGAUCAGUCUCCAAACAAGCUUUCACAGUUGCAAAUGACAAAUUUCAGAGCUGUAAGUGAAACACUAAUAAUUUUAACAUCUUACCUUCAAUACUAAUUUAAAAAAUCUACCAAGCACUUUCAGCUUUUAAGCCGACAAGCCACUGAGCUUGUCAAUCUCGCGUCUCUCAUUCCCCAAUUGGCACCAUAGCCAUCACAGACAGGGAUCCAAAAAGUUUCAAUACGGUACUUUGAGCGUCCAUAUAAAUCAAUCGGCAGCAGGUCAAUGAGUAUGCUGUCUUGAUAUGCGGUGGGAGGUUCGUUCUACCUUUAUUUCAGAAGGUUUGAUUCAUAUCCGAUUCUUUUGGUUAUUUU